AACAUGCACCUGGCAGCGAAGAAGGGGAAGACGUUCGACAAAGUCGAGUGCUUCAACGAAGGCAACGGUACGUAAGCGGGAGGGAGGGCGCACAGAUCCACACAUAUAUGAGCUCUGCGUGUGGAUGCUGCAGGUCAGCUGCUGAUUGCAGACGGUCGCAGUGAGAGCGUCGACGGCCGUGUCAGGGGGCGCAUCGACGCCAUCAUCAUCUCAUACGGUAUCACCAAGCGUGUGGUCAAGACCACGACGGUGACGUGGCACCAGAGAGAGACCCUCGGCUUGAUCAGGGGCCACCGCCAUGAAAACAACCAUGUCAACAUCCAGGAGACGGCCUGCAUCAAGCUCAACGGCGAAGCACAGGCACACCUCACCAAGAUCAAGGGGGCUUACCUCGCCCUCCUCAACAACAGCAACCUGAACGCCGGACCUCAGUUGCCGGUGUGUGCCAACGCCUUCAUAUCGACCGGCGGCAUUCACGCACUCAUGGAUGUCUUGUGUCUCUCCUUUCAGUAGGUCCCUGUCGCCCAACGCCCCGUCAUCCCGAUACACCCGGCGCAACGUUCUCCUCUGCCGAUCGUCAUCACCGCAGCCGGCGCACGACAUGGCCUGAGUUCACCACCAGGCGGCGCGGCACUGGCACUGGCACUGAUGAGGCACAAGCGCAUGUGAGGACAGAGGCUGUCAAGUGUGUGCGUGUGGGUGUUGACGGGAGGGUGAGACAGAAGGGGAAAGCAGGAG